ACGCUCAUCAUCGCAUUUUCUGCUAAAAAUUAUUAAAUGCUAUGCUGUUGCACAAGGGGCAACAGGCUUGGAAGCUGUUUCUGAGUCGAUUCUGGCCUCCCUUUCUUGGAGCCAACAUCAGAGUCACCAAACUUACCCCAGACUACCGUGAGAUGGAGACGAGAAUGAAACUAACUCGACUCAAUCGCAACUGGGUGGGAACUCAUUAUGGUGGCAGUAUCUUCUCAAUGACUGACCCUUUCUAUAUGUUCAUGCUCAUAAACCUUCUGGGAAGUGACUACAUGGUGUGGGAUAAGUCUGCGUCCAUUGAGUUCAAGAAACCAGGAAAAACAGAGAUGAUUGCUAACUUUAGUGUUUCCGACGAGAAGCUCGAACAAAUUAUCGAGAACACUAAAGAUGGGAGUCCAUAUUUUACAGAGUUUUGUGUCGAAGUGCUGGACACUGACAAUGAGGUUGUAGCUAGUGUAGACAAAACAAUUUAUGUGAGGAAGAAAAAAGGAAAAUAGAGUGGUUUUUCAUACAGAUCUACUUCAAGCGUAGUCUCGCGAGCAGACGUUGGGGGGGGGAGGGAAAGUUGUGCUCGCGAGAUUACUUCAAGCAUUAGUUUAACACAUUAUUUUAUGGACUAAUCAUUAUUUUCUGAUAAUCACAAUUUUGUUUCCAAAUUAAAGACUUCAAUGAAGAAAUUGAAAUCCAUUUUUCACCCACGUGGUGUUUUUAGGAUCAGAAUGAGUUGUACUACAGUUUUCAGAGGGAGUCUUGCUCAAAGAUGGAUACCCUGUCAGUCACAUAAGUACUUGUUGUCACAAGCUGGAACUACCAGAGUGGAUCUGAGAUGUAAUCACAGCAAAACUCAAUCUAGAACCUUGGGGACAUUUGGUAGAAGAACGAUCUACAAAUCACAGCACCAGGGGACAACCUCCAUCUCUGCCAUUUCUGGCUACUCUCUGUAUAACGCUUUACCCCAUUAUCAACAGUUCAGCUCAUCAUCUGUGACACUCAACAAAGCAGCAACGAAUGAGUUGGUCACCACAGUAAUAACCACCCCCACUGUCCCCCUUGCAGUUGACCCAGCCUCUGUCAACACCUCAGACGUUCUCGAGACCUCUGCACAUGGUCAGUGGGCCAGCGAUGCUGCUCUAGUCUCUACAGGGGAUGAUCUGUCCAGUCUUGGCCUGGGAGGUUACUCUCCUAUUGGUCUGAUACAGUUGUCCAUGGAGUGGAUCCACUUACACACAGGCAUGCCAUGGUGGGCCUCGAUUAUUACCUGUACUAUAAUUUUGAGAACAGCACUGUUGCCAAUAGCAAUAAAAAUGCAAGCCAAUACGGCCCGGAUGAACAAUAUCAAACCUGAAACUGAAAAACUGAUGGCUAAGAUAAAACAUCACAAUCGCUUUGGACAACACAAUCUAACGGCCAUUGCAAACAAGAAAUUGCUGGACUUGUAUCGAGAGCACAAAUGUAGUCCACUCAAGUUGGCCCUCACUCCGUUCGUCCAGAUCCCCAUCUUCAUCUCCUUCUUUAUUGCCCUGCGCCGGAUGGCCGCUGCACCUGUAGAGAGCAUGAAGACAGGAGGUACUCUGUGGUUUACUGACCUCACCCAACAUGACCCCUAUUACGUCCUGCCGUUUAUCUCCUGUGGACUACUGUUGGCUACCAUCGAGAUGGGAGGGGAGGCUGGAGUUAGCAACCCUCAAAUGGAGAAGAUGAAGACAUUCUUUAGAGCGUUCACCAUCUUGUUGAUACCCAUCACUGCACAGUUCCCCACGGGUCUGUUCAUGUACUGGCUCCCCUCGUCGAUCUAUUCCAUUGCUCAGAUCCUCCUGCUCAAGUUGCCACCUGUCAAGUCCCGACUGGGCAUACCUGACACCAUCACCACUCCCUCCCACACUAAGACAGCUGCCAGCAGCAAGGGAUUCUUCCAGAUGGUCAAAGACAACUAUCGUUCGGCCAAUGUUGACAACGAAGCUAAGACGAAGAAAGCAUCUGCCAGGAAGCGUUACAACCAACUGCUAAAAGACAAGUCACCCAAACUCUAUGAUAAACCCCCUCACCUCAGGCAGUCAUAACUAUGUGUUUGUACGAAGCUCAUUUUGUGAUUAGCUCAGUCAGUGGAUUAGUGUCAAGUUGCUGUACCUUGUUUGUUCUUGUAAGAAUAAAAAUGUCUAUUUCCUUCA